AUGUCCCCAGUGUUACUAUGGACGGGGAAGGUCGGCGAUGCGUCUGCGUUCCGUGUCUGGGGAUCUCGGGCGUUUGUCCGCGACUUGUCAGCGGACAAGCUGUCCCCUCGUGCUGCUCCCUGUGUCUUCCUUGGCUUCCCCACUGACGCUCCAGGGUGGCAGUUUUACCACCCCUCCUCUCGUCGUGUUUUGUCCUCCCAGGACGUCACGUUCGACGAGUCAGUCCCCUUCUACCGCCUCUUCCCCUACCGCACUCCUUCCCUCCCCCCUCUACCGGACUUCCUUGUCCCGGUAGACACAGUUGACCCGGUCGAGGUUACUGGUGACUCUGGUGCUGCUGCGGGUGCUGAGCCUGGGGGUGCUGACUCUUGGGGUGCUGUGCGCGAGGGUGCUGGGCCUGGAGGUGCUGCGCCUGGGGGUGCUGGGCCUGUGGGCGCUACUGUGGAGGGUGCGGAGCCUGGGGGUGCUGAGCGGGGGGGUGCUGUGCCUGGAGGUGCAGGGUCUGGGGGUGCUGGGUCGAGUGAAGCUGAGCCUGGGGGUGCUGAGCUGGGAGCUGCUGAGCCUGGGGGUGCUGCGUCUGGAGCUGCAGAGCCUGGGGUUUCUCCUGCUGCUGCGUCUCGCCGGGAGCCCCUCUCUCCACAGGAGCUGCGCGAGUGGUUCGCUCGCCGCUGGAGGCGUGCUGCUGAGUCUGGGGGUGCUGCUGGAGCUGGAGCUCGAGCUUCUUCGACCGUCGAGGGUGCGGGUGCUGCCGGUCCCGGAGCUGCUGGACCUGCGGGUCCUCCUGGAGCUGGAGCUGCUGAGGGUGUUGGAGCUGGAGGUGUGGGUGGCGCUGGUGCUGUCGCUAAGGGUGCUGGUGCUGUCCCUGCUGAGUCUGGAGCUGCCGCGCGGCCUCGGCCGUACUUCGUUCCGCUCCUGCAGCAGCCUGCGUCCCGUCCCGCGUCGCCUGUUCGUGCUGCUCGUGCUAGUGGUCGCAGUUCGCGUCAGCGUCCUCCUCCUGUCCCUGGCACGCUCCGGAUGUCUCUACGUCCGUCCACUGCUCCUCUGCGUGCCCCUUUGCCUUCUCCUCGUGAGUCCUCUCUUCCUGCGCUUGCCGACCCUGAGUCGGACUCCCUUCGUGCUGCCAGUCCCACAGUCACGCGUCUACUUGCUAGUGUCGUCACUGACCCCUCUUUUGAGUCCACUGCUGCGUCUGCUCUUGUCGCUGAGCUCGUCGACUUUGCUGCUCGCUGUCGUCUAGACUACGCUGCUAGUCUUAUUACUGAGUCUGCGUCUGUCUGUCCUCCAUCCGUCGGGGACCCGGAUGCACUAGACAUCCCAACUCCGCGCUCUUACGCGGAGGCCGUAGAGGGUCCCUACUCCUCUCAGUGGCAGGCAGCUAUGGAUGCAGAGAUGGCUUCCUGGAAGUCCACAGGCACCUACGUUGACGCAGUUCCCCCUUCCGGGGCGAACAUCGUCAGUGGCAUGUGGAUCUUCAGGGUGAAGCGGCCGCCGGGCUCUCCACCUGUCUUCAAGGCGCGGUACGUUGCUCGUGGCUUCAGUCAGCGGCAGGGAGUUGACUACUUUCAGACCUUCUCUCCCACCCCGAAGAUGACCACUCUUCGGGUGCUGCUGCACAUAGCCGCUCAGCGCGACUACGAGCUUCACUCUCUCGACUUCAGCACUGCGUUCCUGCAGGGUAGCCUGCACGAGGAGAUCUGGCUGCACCGUCCGCCUGGCUUCACUGGGACUUUCCCUCCUGGCACCCAGACUACGCUUGCGGCUCUUGGGUUUGCUCCGUCUACUGCUGACCCGUCGCUGUUUCUGCGCACCGACACUUCACUGCCGCCGUUCUACAUCCUCGUGUACGUCGACGACUUGGUCUUUGCCACAGCGGACACUGCUGGACUCGCCUACGUGAAGUCCGAGCUGCUGAAGAGACACACGUGCACAGACCUGGGUGAACUGCGCAGCUACCUUGGCUUGCAGAUCACUCGGGACAGAGCACGCCGCACCAUUACCUUGACUCAGUCACACAUGGUGCAGCAGGUCCUUCAGCGCUUCGGCUUCACGUACUCCUCGCCUCAGGCCACUCCUCUGUCUACUCGUCACUCGCUCUCAGCUCUGCCUUCGGAUGAGUCCGUAGAGUCGAGUGGCCCGUACCCAGAGCUUGUUGGCUGCCUCAUGUACCUGAUGACCUGCACACGACCUGACCUUGCAUACCCUCUGAGCAUUCUUGCACGCUAUUUUGCUCGUGGGAGACACCGACCAGAGCACAUGGCUGCAGCGAAGAGGGUAUUGCGCUACCUGUGCAGUACGUCGGGCAUGGGGCUAGUGCUUGGAGGGCGGAGUCCAGUGGUCCUUACAGGCCACGCGGACGCUUCUUGGGCUGACGACCAGGCUACGCAGCGGUCGUCACAGGGUUACACCUUCAGUCUUGGUUCCGGCUCUGUUUCCUGGCGGUCUACUCGUUCGUCUUCGGUUCUCGGCUCCAGUUGUGAGGCUGAGAUCUACGCCGGGGCCAUGGCUGCACAGGAGCUUCGCUGGCUCACCUACCUGCUGACUGACCUUGGAGAGCCGCCUCGUUCUCCUCCAGUGCUGUACGUAGACAACAAGGCCAUGCUGGCCUUGUGUCGAGAGCAGCGCUUGGAGCACAGAACGAAGCACAUUGCUCUCCGCUACUUCCUUGCUCGUGAGUUGCAGCAGCGUGGUUAG